CCGCUCUACGGGCAGUGGUUGGGGGAGAGAGAGUGUUUCUUUCUUCUCCGAGAAACACUCCUCUCUUUAUCUUCGUGCUCAAUCCCCUCUCAUUCUCUGUUUCCAUUUCUUUAUUCUCUCUCCCUUUCUGUCAUCCCACGUUUAUUUAUUCUAUCUCCCUCAUAUCCAUAUCUUUUAAUAUUACAUGCCCACAAUUUGUUUACUCAUGCAGAUCCCAAGGUUCUUCAUUUUCUUCUCUUAGCUUGGAUUCUUCAUUGGGUCAUUCAAAAAGGACGAGUUUAUAGUUCAAUCUGUCUGUCAUUUCUCGUACUUCAUUUGCCCAUUAAUCCAAACAAGUUCUCUAUGUCUCGUGUUUUCUCGAGAUGGAGGAAGCUGAAGGAAAUGGCGAUGCUUACUUAUGGAGACACAGAGUUGGCUGUUCCAGUACGGUCUCGGAAUAACUGGAAAAAGUGCAAUUUCAUGUUCAAGCAGGUGCGUCCAAUCUCUACCCACUUGAAUCACCUCCCAAUUGCCACCUAUAGACGGCGGGAAUCGCUUAUCGGAGUUCAGAAGAGGUAUAAGUGGGACCAUAGUGGCUCCGAUGACACUCACAAUCCGACAUCACAGACCCGCAAGAUUCGGGCCGAGACUAAUUGCCCGCGCUGCACCAAGCACAUGGCCAUCCUGUUCUCUAAUCACCAUUUCCCCGUUUCUUCUGGUUCUGAUCCCAAUUCUAACCCUUCGGUCCCUCUUCAAGGAGAAGGGGGUUAUCAGGCGGUAAACAUUUGUCCUAGUUGUGGAACUGCCUAUUAUUUUCGACCUUAUAGCAUUGCUCCUCUUCAGGGCUCCUUUAUAGAGAUUGGGAAGGUAACUAACAGUAGUGUUAAUAAUACCGCUAAUAAAACGCCGAAGAGAACUCAUAGCAAAGACAAUGUUCAUGAUGGAGGCUCUGGAGUAGAAGAUUAUGAUAAGAAAAGAAAUAGCAGCGAUAAGCUUAGAGUGACAUUCUGGGACACUCCAAGAUCGCACAAUGGUGAAAAUGGCGGGGAACCACCAGAGAACUGGCCUCCCCCUUUACCAGGCUUGUCUAAUGGAAAUGGGUUGACGGCGCAUACUCCACCAGGCCCACCGCUUCCACCAGGGCUGAAUGCCAUUCGAUCUUCAGGGCCACGGCAAGGUGGCAGAAGCGGGGCUGGCAAAGUGAAGACUAUCUGGGGGGGCUCCAAUUUGGGUAAGGAUUUACCCACGCCGAAGGAGAUCUGCAAAGGUCUUGACAAGUUUGUUAUUGGUCAGGACAGAGCUAAAAAGGUGCUUUCUGUAGCUGUUUAUAACCACUAUAAAAGAAUAUACCAUGCCUCUUUGCAGAAAGGGUCAGGGGCAGAUUCAGGAACUUCAGAAACAUUGGAUGUUGAUCAAAAUGUGGAGCUAGAAAAGAGUAAUGUUCUAUUGAUGGGUCCAACUGGAUCAGGGAAGACCUUACUUGCAAAGACACUAGCUCGUUUCGUGAAUGUUCCAUUUGUCAUAGCUGACGCUACAACCUUAACGCAGGCCGGUUAUGUUGGAGAGGAUGUUGAAUCAAUCCUGCAUAAACUACUGGCGGCAGCAGAGUUCAAUGUUCAAGCAGCUCAACAAGGGAUAGUUUACAUUGAUGAAGUUGACAAGAUAACUAAGAAGGCUGAGAGCUUAAAUAUCAGCCGUGAUGUUUCGGGUGAGGGUGUUCAACAGGCGUUGUUAAAAAUGCUGGAAGGAACUAUAGUAAGUGUUCCGGAGAAAGGAGCAAGGAAGCAUCCACGGGGUGAUAACAUACAGAUUGACACAAAGAAUAUUCUUUUCAUAUGUGGUGGAGCAUUCGUAGAUCUUGAUAAAACCAUUUCAGAGAGACGAGAGGAUUCUUCUAUUGGUUUUGGAGCACCAGUUCGUGCUAAUAUGAGAACUGGUGGAGUAACAGAUGCUGCAGUAACGUCAUCUUUACUUGAGUCGGUAGAAAGUUCUGAUCUGAUUGCAUACGGUCUCAUACCAGAGUUUAUUGGACGGUUUCCAAUCUUAGUGAGCUUGUCAGCUUUAACUGAAGAUCAACUUGUACAGGUUCUCACAGAACCAAAAAAUGCUCUUGGCAAGCAGUACAAGAAAUUAUUUGGCAUGAAUAAUGUAAAGCUACACUUCGUUGAGAAAGCACUGAGACUUAUUGCCAAGAAAGCAGUGGCCAAAAAUACUGGCGCCAGGGGUUUAAGAGCCCUACUGGAAAGCAUCCUAAAUGAAGCCAUGUUUGAAGUUCCAGAUGUGAUGACAGGAGAUGAGCGGGUUGAAGCUGUUCUUGUUGAUGAGGAGUCUGUGGGAUCAAUGAACGCUCCUGGAUGUGGUGGCAAAAUUCUUCGUGGAGAUGGUGCUUUGGAACGAUACUUAGUUAAGCUGAGAGAUUCAGUGGUUAACGGCCAGAUAGUUGAAUCAGAGUUACAAGAAGGAGAAUCGGAGCUUGCAUCAAGAGCCAUGAGCAUAUAAUAGUUAGGCAUACCAUAUUGUUAAGGUGUAUAAUUUAUCCCUUGUGAGUUUUGUUUGUAAAAUUCCAAUUCAAAAGGUGCUUUGAUUAUUUCUUUGUAUUUGCAUGGCUUCUUUUUGAAGUCCAUUGGACCAAACAUGUAGCACUGCUGAUUUAGGGGCUCGGAAUAAGAGAAGGAAGCGUAUAGCAUUGCUAAUUUAGGGGAUACAUAGAAUUUUUCAUGUGAUUUUUCUAUUGUUGUAGAAACACAUGAGAAGAUCCAAUAAUAUACAAUGCUUUU